AUGAAGGACUCAAAGAUACUUCCGCUCCGCAGCCUCCAUCUUAAUUCAAAACCGCUCAAUCACAGAGCAAUCGCAUGGUCUUGCGACGCAGAGCUAGCAGUCGCAGCCGAUGACUCCCUGAUCGUGUUUCUGCCAGAGUUUCCCCUCCUGGACCCAAAUGACGAAGACGGAGACGAAGACGAAGACGAGUCAAUGGCCGAUGAUGACGCGCCCGACAUGCAGGUGCAGGACGGCUUCCUCUCGUCGCGCCUCCCCAAGCAGUACGGUGAAGGGGAGGAUGACGACGAGGACCGGCUGGAGGAGGAUUCGGAGGACGACGACAUCGAAGCGGCCCAGGCCAGCCAGACCAACGGCGCCGAAAAGCCCGGCGGCGGCAGCGGCGGGGACGACACGCACCAGGCGGCGACGCGCGCCAACAUCGACCCGCUCGACACGUCCGACCCCAGGCGGCAGUUCUUCGACGGCAUGCGGCACUUCCCCGUGUCGUGGCCGUACCUGAGCUCCGAGCUCAACGCGCACGUCUGGGAGGCCGCGGGCCGGCAGAUGCCGCUGCUGCACACCAACGUGCGCGACCACCUCGAUCGCGACGUCACGCACAUCCUGGAGGCCAUGCCCAAGGACGCCGAGCAGGAGGCCGAGUACAUGGAGAGCGGCGCCAUCAUCCCCUUCCACGAGAUCAACCACCACCCGGGCGCCGGCGUCGGCCUGAUCGGCUCCGCCGGCACCAGCAUGAACCACGUAGUCGCCGUCGAGUGGUCGCCUAGUGGGCUGGGCCGCAACCGGCGGCCCGUCCUGGGCGUGCUUACCGGGUGCGGCAGCCUGGCUAUCUACGGUGAGGGCUGUGCGCUGCCCUUUGGCAGCACGGUGCGCCCCUUGAGGAGCAUGGCUAGCAAAGGCAAGGGGGCGGCCAGGGACUUGGCUAGCUGGGUAGUGCUGUGGGCCGUGGGUGAGAACUUUGUCGUGCCUGGACAGGAGGAGUAUGGGUACGGAGAGUUCAUCAAGGCAUUUUCCUGGAGCCAGGAGAUUGGGCCUGGAAAAGCCUUGCUUGGUUACAUGAACGACCUGGGGGAGGUGGUUGUCCUGUCUGUGGGGACUGAGUACAGAAAGACCAAGGAUGAUGGUCUGGAUGAGGCGGUAUGGAAUGUACAGGAGGUCUUUAGGUUUGAGGUUGAGGCGCCCCAUGGGCAGCAGGAUAUCAACGAUCCAGACUACGUCCCUGGAGGAUCCAGCUAUUGCAUACGAUGGAGCCCAUGGGCCCGAGCGAAUGAUACAUGGACCUGUGUAAUAUCCUAUAUGGAGAGAAAUUACGUCGGGUUUCGAAGAGUCACCCUCAACAUCCCCAGCUGGAAGCCCAGCGAGGUACCGAAAGUCACCGUUGACCCCAACGAUUGGGACGGCCGCUGCAUUCACCUAGGUCCGGAUGCCUUCUUGGAAUUCGAGGACAUGGCGUGGUGUGUUUCCAACACGAAGCUUUGCCGUGGCUUCAUCGCCACACCGCUCGUCGCUCAGCCCUUCGAAGUCGACCUCGCGCAUAGCAACCCCAACAGGCCGAAGCCCGAACACUCCACCGAUCAGUGCAAUACCUCCCUUCCGAACCACGAUGUGGUUACCAACCCUAUCACAGGCCUAGUUGUCCACCCCGCCGCCCUCCAGGCCGUCAGCCCUUCAUUAGUACCCUCUUACACUGCCGUCCGACUCUCUGCAACAGCCACAAACUCUCGCUGGUGGGAAUCGAACAUGAUCAAGCCUGGAGACCAGGACGGAGAGCCACAAUGGGUAGCUGAGAUCCAGGAGAAGAUCAGCUCGAUGCUGCCCCAAGGCCUGGCGGGGCGCGUGGGCAUCUUCGGCGACGACGGGGAAGACGGUGAGGACGGAAUCGAGCCCGACGACGGGGCAGCAGCCGCGGACGCAGGGCUUGACAAUGACGACGACGACGGCGCAGGGUCGGAAGAGUCUUCGGAUGACGGAACUGCUCCCGGAGACGGCUACGCAGGGCCGGACGUCCACCCGCACCGCAUGCGCAUCUGGGGACUCGCCAUCUCGCCGGGCGGCGGCUCGACGGCGGUGCUCGCCACGUCCCAGCUGACACAGAAGCCCGAGCGCGGCGGCUGGCAUAGCCACCGAAGUCGCGUCAUGUUCGGGUACACCGAGCGCGGGACGGCGCGGUCGCGGCAACAUCAACAACUACAGCAACAGCAGGAACAGAGGCCCUUGCGGCAGGAAGACCUCCUAGACCCCAGCCUCGGCGGGACAGGAGGCGCGGAGGACAGCGCGGCCAACGUGGACAACCUCACCACCGAGGCCAGGCUGUGGGAGUGGAUGUACGGCGGCGGGCCGGGCGUGCCGGGCAUCACGCACUACGCGCACCCCCUCAGCGGCGGAGGACGGCGCGACGAGACCGCGUCAUGGAUAUCUUCCGGCCGUUCGCGGAGAGUCAGACAUGCAGCAUCUGCGACGACGGGAGGACCAGGUUCGGGCCCGUCCCCGUGGGCGGCCGGGGACCAGCGGCAGGACGGCGGCGACGGGGCGGUCGGCGGCCAGCUGGACUGCGUGUGCGAGAACGGGCACCGGGUCGCUGUGUGCGGCGCCUCCGGGCUCGCGGUCGGGGAGCCGGGGAUAUCGCGCUGCUGCGGGGUGUGCCGGUCGCGGUGCCUCAACCUCGAGUUCCUGGUCGAGAAGGUGCUGCUGCCGGCGGGCAAGGCGGACGAGGCUGAGGUUGUGAGGCGGCACAUCACGGGCGAUGUCUGCGCCAACGACCUCAUCCACUAA